GGCGGGGUCGGCGCGCGGCCUCCCGUGAAGCCCCGCGCGGCGAAGGACCGGAACUCCGGGCGGGCGGCUUGGUAACAUGGCGUCGGGAGCUUCCCGCGCGUCUCGAGGAGGCUGCGGGGCCCACACCCGGAAGACGAGUCUCUUUUCUGGCUAGCGCGGCGGCCGCUGCGGACCCGGAAGUCCGGGCCGGUUGCUGAAUGAAGGGAGCCGGGCCCUCCCCGCGGCAAUCCCCCCGCGCCCUCCGCCCCGACCCGGGCCCCGCCAUGUCCUUCUUCCGGCGGAAAGUGAAAAGCAAAGAGCAGGAGAAGACCCCAGAUGUCAAGUCAGUCAAAGCUUCAAUAUCCGUACAUUCCCCACAAAAAAGCACUAAAAAUCAUGCCUUGCUGGAGGCUGCGGGACCAAGUCAUGUUGCAAUCAAUGCCAUUUCUGCCAACAUGGACUCCUUUUCAAGUAGCAGGACCGCAACACUUAAGAAACAGCCCAGCCACAUGGAGGCCGCUCACUUUGGGGACCUGGGCAGAUCUUGUCUGGACUACCAGACUCAGGAGGCCAAAUCAAGUCUUUCAAAGACCCUUGAGCAAGUCUUGCAUGACACCGUGGUCCUCCCUUACUUCAUUCAGUUCAUGGAACUUCGGAGAAUGGAGCAUUUGGUUAAGUUUUGGUUGGAGGCUGAAAGUUUUCACUCCACAACUUGGUCCCGAAUAAGAGCGCACAGUCUGAACACGGUGAAGCAGAGCUCAUUGGCUGAACCUGUCUCUCCAUCUAAAAAGCCUGAAACCACAGCAGCUUUUGUAACUGAGUCUCUUAACAGGAGGUUGGAGGAUUCUGGCUCAGCCCAGCUGGAAGGAAUUGACUUAAAUAAUAGAACUAGCAACUCCCAGAACCACUUGCUUUCCCAGGAGAGUGAUAGUGCCCAUUCGCUCCACCUGGAGACAGCCAGGACAGGAACUCAUCGGGGCUCCCUGGAAACCCAGGAGUCCUCCAGGCUCACGGUAGCCAGUAGAAGUAGUCCAUCUUCUCCACUGAAGGAAUUAUCAGGAAAAUUAAUGAAAAGUAUAGAGCAGGAUGCAGUGAAUACUUUUACCAAAUACAUAUCUCCAGAUGCUGCUAAACCGAUACCAAUUACAGAAGCAAUGAGAAAUGACAUCAUAGCAAAGAUUUGUGGAGAAGACGGGCAGGUGGAUCCCAACUGUUUCGUUUCUGCACAGUCCAUAGUCUUCAGUGCAAUGGAGCACGAGCACUUUAGUGAGUUUCUACGAAGUCACCAUUUCUGUAAAUACCAGAUUGAAGUGCUGACCAGUGGAACUGUUUACCUGGCUGACAUUCUCUUCUGUGAGUCAGCCCUCUUUUAUUUCUCAGAGUACAUGGAGAAAGAGGACGCAGUGAAUAUCCUACAGUUCUGGUUGGCAGCAGACAACUUCCAGUCUCAGCUCGCUGCCAAAAAAGGGCAGUACGACGGACAGGAGGCGCAAAAUGACGCCAUGAUCUUAUACGACAAGUACUUCUCCCUCCAGGCCACACAUCCUCUUGGAUUUGACGAUGUUGUGCGACUGGAAAUUGAAUCCAACAUCUGCCGGGAAGGUGGGCCACUCCCUAACUGUUUCACAACUCCAUUACGUCAGGCCUGGACAACCAUGGAGAAGGUCUUUUUGCCUGGCUUUUUGUCCAGCAAUCUGUAUUAUAAAUACUUGAACGAUCUCAUCCACUCAGUUCGAGGAGACGAGUUCCUGGGGGGGAGUGUCUCGCUGACGGCUCCAGGCUCUAUGGGUCCUCCUGACGACUCCCACCCUGGGGCUGCCGACAGCUCCACCUCUCAGUCCAGUGUGAAAAAAGCCAGUGUUAAGAUUCUGAAAAAUUUUGAUGAAGCGAUAAUUGUGGACGCUGCAAGUCUGGAUCCAGAAUCUUUGUAUCAGCGGACAUAUGCAGGGAAGAUGACGUUUGGAAGAGUUAGUGACUUGGGUCAGUUCAUCCGAGAAUCUGAGCCUGAACCUGACGUAAAGAAAUCAAAAGGAUCCAUGUUCUCUCAAGCUAUGAAGAAAUGGGUGCAAGGAAAUACUGAUGAGGCCCAGGAGGAGCUAGCUUGGAAGAUUGCUAAGAUGAUAGUCAGUGAUGUGAUGCAGCAGGCCCAGUGUGAUCAGCCGGUAGAGAAGUCCACAAAGAUAUGACUCAGACCUAAGAUCAAGGAAAUCUGCUUUUGGAAAAUAAGAAAACUUUUUUCCUUUGGUUGGAUUCCUCACCACAGCCAAUGAAAACAGCACUGUAUUUCUUCUCACUGUCGUUCCCAGGAAAGAAGGGCAGACAAUCCCAGACUUCCACCAUGGAGAGCGGCUCGUAGAUGCCCUGCUACCCAGAUGAUCGCACAGUGACAGUCAGAGAGACCAAAGGGCACUGUUUACACUACUAGAGAUUAAUCGUUUUCCAAUGGCAAUAACCCAUCCACAGAGGAAUUUAGCCCACAGGGAUCUGCAGGGCCAGGUGCCAUGGGAGGCGGGUGGGCAUGGAGCUGGUGUUUGAUGCACCGCUGUGGCGGUCUCCCACCCCAGCAGCAUCAUGAGGCAGGUGCCUGGGGUGCUUUGCUCCAUCUCCUACACAAACAGGUGAGUCGGCCUGGCCCCAGCCAGGCAGCACAGUGCUGGCAGAUGGCUUUCCUUCCCGGGAAUAGGACCUGCACAGAGCUGUUCAUCUGGAAGGAAGCUGAGAGGUCACAGGUCAAGUUGUGGUGAACAUUGUCCUUCCCUUUGGUGGCAGUUUGCCGUUUUCACAUUUUAAUUGCUCCCGGGAUGCAAUACAUGUAAAUCAGCUCCUCUGCUGGAGGGGCCACCCUCUGCACUGUGAGCAUCAGGCCCUGCUCCUCCAACUUCUGUGCUCUGGAGACGUCCCUCCCCUCACAGCACACAAGGAAAGGAAUUUGCAACAACCGUCACUCCAGUUUUCCCCUGUGGUUCCUUGAACAAAUGUUUGUUCCCAGUUGUACACUUUUUUAAAGCAAGCGGCGGGCAGGGGUGUGGGCGGGCAAGGGUUGGGGAGAAAGGCCCUCAUCUCUGACCCCCGCCGCCCAUCUUUGCUGCACUGGCAGUGUUCAGCUCGUGGCCUUUCUCCUUCGUCCAUGGUCAUGAGAGGCCCCUCGCUGCAGUUCCACUCCAUUGGCCUCGGUCUGGGCCACACUGCCCUCGGUAGAGCCACCCUGGCGGUAAGCACACUCCAUGGCGGGCGCUGCCAGCACGGCCUCGCCACCCAGACUGUUGGGGGAAGAACAUUCUCUUAGGUGUUACUGCUUUUGCUCAGACUUCGCAAAAAAAAAAAAUAAUAAUAUAUAUAUAUAUAUACAUAUAAAUAUAUAAUUAUUAAUCACCUCUGUCCUUGAGAAAGUCUUGAAUGAAUAGAGUUCCUUCCACUGCAAUACCUGACUGUGCAAGAGGCACGCCAUUUCAUCAACAGAUGAAGCAGAAAGGCUGUGUGUGGGUUUUGGUACUGUGUACCACCUCUGUUAUUCUUCUAAAGCCAAGUGUUCAUGUACUUAAACCAUAUUCUAUUUAAUUGUGUUUGAUUUUAAAAUAUAUAUAUAUAUGAAUUAUAUUUAAAAUUGUGUCAACUUUCUGCUUUCAGGGCAUUUAUGGCUCCUCUAUUGAAAUGUGUUGAUUCUUCCCAGUAUUUCCAUUUGCUUUACAAGAACCCAGAACUGCUGGACUCAGCCCUGUGUUUGGAGCGUGUGGCAUAGACCCGAGUAUUAUUAGUUGCCUGUGCUGUGAUUGACUAACUUUGUUCUUUUAACAGAAUACUUCCAUCCAUGUCACUUUGCUUCAGUCUUUAAAUAACAGAAAAGCAAUAUAAAGUUCAUAGAAUAAACUGUGGUUUUGGGUGACAUGCCGCCUCUGCAUGUUUUGGAAUAACAAUGUCUGUCAGGGUCUAGGCUGUUGACAUGCGUGCUUUCCAUUAAGAUGCUGUCCAGUCUUAUACCUGUGUGUGUUGUGCUUUCUCAGUAGGGAUGUCGGUAGCUGUGAGGGCCUUAUAAAGAGAAGGAUAGCAGGCUGGAGACCGGCUGGCUUUUCCUGCCCUGCCUGCUGUAGGACACAGAAAUGAAGUGUGUCCUGAAGCUCUGUCUCGCGGCUCCUGCUCCUCAGAAUGGGAGGGGUUGUCUGGCCUUGAGAGCCAGGCUGUGUACAGCGUGCCCAUGAAGCAGGCUUCCCUGAACACCCAGCUUUAAUGUCAUGCUGACACCCAUACACAUUGUUAAAAAGAAAAAAGACAUUAUGAAAGAGGGUACCUUUUGUGAUCAGAUGCAUCUUCAUCACUCGUGUAAGAUGUGAUGAAAAUAAAAAGCAUCAGCCAAGCCCAGUGAGAGCAGUAAAACAGGGAGCAGCUGUUUUAACCUCUUCUGCUUGGGUGUCUUUAUUCAGUAGAACAUUACAAAGUGUAUUUAUAUUUCUGAAGCUCUGGCUAGUUCAGUAAGAAUUUGGAAGGGAAAGUCACUCGGAACAGACAAGUACAGACGUCUUUGUUUUUGUUGUUGUAUUUAAGUACCGACAGCUAAGCAACCUGCUGAUACCCUGGGCACCUCUUUCAGGACACUGUUGGGGGGCCGUGUUUGUAUACAAUGACUGCUUGCCUCCCCUCCCCCACACACCAGUUUAUUGGACCAGGGUUGAUCUUCUCCUGAUCCAAAGAGGCCCAGGAAAAUGCUUUAUCCUAAAAGUUUUCAAGCGGAAGGAGAAGUCCCAGUCUCUGUCUGGAGUGACAGUGCACACAGGGCACUUAUGAGUCAGGAACGCUGAGCCAGCGCCGUGUGGACGAGCAGAAAACACAGAUGUUGAGAGCACGUGGGAGAGGGCGGCUGCCUUGCAGCCAGCAGCCCAGUGAAGGUUUCCUGCUUCCUUGCCAUGGAUUGCGCCAAUCCCUCGGGUAUCCUUAGAAUGCAUUUUGGCUUUUUAAAAAUCAAUCUGAAGUGAGUUUUUCUUAGGCACAACCAAAAGGACCUUGACUAAACUACUACCAGAUAGCUCUGAUCACUAAGGAUUGUGUGUGCUCAGCGUGUUUGCAAAAUACCACUAAAUUCUGGGGAAUUUUUCUUCAGCGAACCUUUCUUGGUCAUUUUGUGUAUUCUCUUAAAGUGGAAUCCUAAACUCACAGAACUAAAAGACACUCCCUCAUUUUUUCAGGGAGAAGCUACUCUGGCCUGAAAAGGGCAGGGCUUUGCCAGUUGUGGGACGGUCACCUACACUAGGGUCUUUGGACACUUCCCAAACAUCCUUAUGAAAGAUAAACUCCAUUUCCUCUUUGGCACCAAUGGACAGUAAAACCCAGAAAUAGAGGGCAUAAAAUAAUGCCCAUUUAGUCAGUAGCUAAUACAAGCUUCAAAUGAGGGAGGGUAGUGAUUAUCACUGAAUUUGAGUGCUGACCACUUGGUACUGGGCACAGAGUCUGGCCUUUGGUUGGAGCCAGACGUGGGGGUUAAUUCCAGCAGCAUGUUCAGGGUUACAGCUUAGGAGCCCGACUGAAUAGCUGCCCUACGGGGCUGUCUGCUGAGGAGGCCUCUGCUUGGGCUCAGAGUAGGGAGCUGCGUCCUGCACAGAGUUGGGUGAGGGGGCAAGGAAAUGGCUGGCAGGGUGUUGAGGGAUCCUUGAGAGCAAAGGCCUAGAGGAUGUCCCUGUGCAUGGAGGGAAGCCCGCCUGAUGGCUGUCACUCAGGGUUGGACCUCUUCUGCCUUCAGCUUCACGCCACCGCGUGUCUCCUCAUCCGCUCCCUCCACCCAGCCUGUGGCUGGCAAACCACCCUGGGCAUGGCAGCGCAGCCUCGGGGCUCUCCUCAGCUGGCCCCUGGAGGUUGCUCAUGAGCCCAGGCAGAGCAACUGGGCCCCAGCGGUAGGUGGGCAGGUGCCAGGAAAGAGUGGCUUGCGUUCAGCCAGAGGGAACUGGCAUUUGCCAAGGAGCUAGUGAGGGCUGUGGUAGUGGUGUUUCCUGACACCCAGAUCCAUGAUAAGUGGCUUUCCAGCUCACUCCAAAAUGGGUCACUCUAAAAUGACCUGAGCUGACCUCUCCCUCCAUCCCAGUGAGAACCCACAUGCCGGCACCUUGUGGGCCAGUGGGAGCUGGGCCUCCAGGUCAGGUGGAGCUCCGCCCUGAGCCCAUGAUGCCCCUCAUCUUGGCAAAGAGCCUUUUGUUUUUUUAAUGACAGAGCUGCUGGUCACCCACGCAGAAGUACUUUAAUGCCUACGAAGUGUUGACGGUGCAGGGACACAGAGUAGGGUGAAACCCUCUGGGUCACUGGAGCUUCCACUCCAACAAGGAGACAGGUGAGAUGCUCAUUUGAAGCAGGUGCUGGGGUUUUAGGCCAGGACGGCCCUUUGAGCCGAUGAUUUAACCCCGCUUCCUCCCAGAGCCCUGGCAGAGGUCGCCAGGGUUCAUGACCUUACCCCCCUACCUUUGAACCCCCUUCCCAGCCCCCAAAGGGCUGUGUGUGUGCAACUCUGUUCCCUCAUCGCCAUUGUUUCUCAAGUGUUGAGCACCUGGCUAACAGCAAGGGGCUGGGCACCUUGACCCCUCAGGCCCCUCAGGCUAGGCCCUGUUGAGGUGGACCUAGGAGCAGCCUCAGCCCCAUGGGGCUCUCUGCAGAACUCUGGGAGAUGUGAACCUUAUAAACAAGAAAUGAGGAUCCUAGUGUAAAGUUACUACAAACAUGUGAUGUGAAAACUCCGAUCUUGGCAAGUCUCACUCACUGUUGGGCUGACCCCGAGGUGGUCAGCCUCUUGUGAGGUCCCCUCUAGAGAUGGUUUCAUACUAACCAGCACUGGGAACCCCCCGUGCCAGGUGCUCUCCCAUGGAAUCCAUGCAGUACUCCUCUAAGCACGCACCUUUUUCUUGUUAUAAACAGGGAGAUAGGCUUUGGAGGAAAGCCGGCCCCUCCAGGGCCACAAGUCAAGUCCAGGCAGCCAUUCAAGAUAUCCGCCCAUUACCUGAAAGCCAUGACCUUACACUUCACGUGCGUCAGGGCCCCCUAGAAAACAUGUUCAAUCGAUUGCUUCCCCUCCCCCGACCCACCCCAGAAUUUCUGGGUUAAUGUAUGUGGUGGGGGGGGAGCCAGGGGAGGGGAGGGGAGAGUGCUGAGAUUUUGCAUUUUAGCGAAUUCCCAAUUGCUGAGAAUCUCAGAAGCUUUCCUGUAAAUUGGGAAAUUAAUGUUUUCAUGCCCUCUGAUCGAAAGUGCCCACACUACUCAGAAGUGUAACUUGAGACCCGUUACUCACUCACUCAAGCGCAUAAAUCCCUUAUCAGCAUUAGACGGCUGUCCAAGCCAAGGGCACCUGGGAUGCUGACCCCACCUGGGACUCUUUGGCCCUAUUCCCAAGAACUACUUUCCAAUCACCCCUACAGUCAGGCUGUCAUCUCCAACAACUGCUCUACCUCAGGUUUCCCCUCACAUUUCAGUCCCAAACAGCCUCAAAUCAGGCCCUCCCAUGGGAAUGGGUUAAAGGAAGGGUGUGGGAAGGGUAUGAAUGAUUAGGGGGGUGGGGGUUCCCUCCUUGUCACUAGUGGUGGGUUUUGUAAACCAGCUUCAAAGAGCAAGUUCAGAAGCAAUAAGCAAGUGGUUUUGUUCUAAGGUUCAUAAGCCUGAACGACAUGACAAGUGAGGGCUGGAGAGGACUGUCCUGACUCUGGAUUGGUCAGGCUUCCCAAGGCCAGUGUCAGACAUAUGUCUUACGCUGCAUCUCAGAUAACCUAGGAGGAGUGCCUCCAGAAACCACGGCUCUAUGGGGGUGAAGACUUCAGUGUCCGAGGUGCACAUGAAGAGUGGGAAUAAAGUUGUUACUUGAAAUGUGAGAUGGGGGGAAAAAGCAAUAUUUUGUACUAAUGUAUUCUUGUAUAUACUGUUAUUUUAAAUAUGCACAUGUAACUAAAUAAAUGUUAUAACUAGA